GCCACAUACCCCACCCCCCUCUCACCCCCAAUUUCUUCCCGCCGGUGAACUCACCGGAAAAUCCUGUUACUCUGAUCCAAUCCUCUACUGAUAUCACGGAAGAUUGGAUUUAACUCGAAGAAAUAAAAUUAAAAGAAAAAAAAAUUGGGAUUCGAGAAGGUUCUCUAUGGGUGAAGAAGUGACAAUUACGGAUGGUGAUGGUUUCGCCGGAGAUGAUAAUCGUGUUGUCGAGUGGGAAGACGGACUUCCGAGUUUUGACGAUCUGACGCCGUUAUCUCAGGUUUUAAUCCCGCCGGAGCUAGCGUCGGCGUUUAGAAUUACGCCGGAGCCGGUGAAGACGAUGACGGAUGUGAAUCGUGCUUCGGAGAGUACUUUUUCGUCUCUCCGUGCAGGACAGUUACAUUUGUUGUCGGAGAAGUUUAAUUUUAAUGAAGGAAGGAAUGGAGAUAGGAAUCAUGAGAAUGAUGAGGUGGAUCUGACAAGAGAUGGAUCCGAGUCGAGGAAGACACGGAGGAUUGACCCGGAGAUGGUUACUGAAGAGGCUGAUUCGGCAUUGAGGAAUGAGAAUUGUGGAGAUGAUAAUUCAGCUAAGACGUUGAAGCGGCCGCGGUUAGUCUGGACGCCACAGCUGCAUAAGCGAUUUGUGGAUGUUGUGGCGCAUUUAGGGAUUAAAAAUGCUGUGCCGAAGACGAUUAUGCAGCUGAUGAAUGUGGAAGGACUAACAAGGGAAAAUGUUGCUAGUCAUUUACAGAAGUAUAGGUUGUAUUUGAAGAGAAUGCAAGGGUUAUCGAAUGAGGGUCCUUCGUCGUCUGAUCAUUUGUUCGCUUCCACGCCUGUGCCACAGAGUUUGCAGCAGUCCGGUGGUAAUGGACACAGUGGUAAUGCUCAUAGUAGUAAUGGACAUAUGCCAAUGCCUAUGCCUAUGCCAAUGAUGUAUCCGCCGCAAAUGGUGCCAAUGCCUAUGAUGGGAAUGUCAGGACAUGGGUUUCAUCAUCAGUAUAAUAUGGGGCAACCGCGGGACUGGUCUGGAAAUAAAUUUGGUUCUUAUCAUCAUGUUGCUCCUGGUGAAAAAUAGCUGUAGACACAAAAAGGAGGUUAGAUUCUUGAUUCUAUACAAGUUGCUGCAACUCUACUGUUU